ACUCAAUGUAAGGGUGGCUCACAUUUGAAAUCAUCAGUCGUACGGUAUAGUAGAACAUUUAAGGAAUAGAAAUGCGCAUCUCGGUAGCAAUUUUCGUUCUUGCGGUUGUCGCACUCGCUUCGGCGAAACCUACGUUAAAGCGCAACCGUGUGAGUGGUAAAGGCUUGAGCGCUUUCUUGUCCAAAAACAACAUAAAUCGGCUAAGAAAUGCAGACAAACCGUCGCAGCUUACAGCAAGUUUAAGAAGUCUGAUGAAGUCUAGCAAAUUGAGCCAGUUCAGAAGGACUGAAGGUGAAUCAGAGUACAGCUGUCCUGAAAACUUGGAUGUUCCAUGCCUUGAUAUUACUGAUGACAAAGAGUUCUUUGAAUGUGCUUCUGAGCAUGCUGAAGGUAUUGAGGGAGACUUUAUUGGCUUUUUCGAAGAACAAACAGGUGUUGAAUUGUUAAGAGACAGAGAUUGGGAAUUUUUGGAGAAAAUUUUUGAGAGUGAGCUGCUCGCCGAACCUAUCAAGUAUGAUCUGGAAGACUUACUUAUACAUGCGCUUGAGAACUUCUUCGAAGUUGGAAUAGACUGGGAAGAUGUGUCAGAAGAUGCAAUAAACACGUUGAUUGCAAAUGAAUGCAUUUAUGGCAGGCUAGAGGAAGAGGCAUACGCAAGACUUGGAGAAGAGAAAAAGUAGAUCGAUCAGCUUGACUAAUGUAGUUUGCAAUGGAGAAAACGACUGGGACUGAAUAACCGAUACGAAUUGACAGAUUUAAUGAGCCGCUUUCUGUGAAAAUGUACCUGAUGCAGUAUUGCCUCUUUUGUGUUUUUACUGGUUUUAAAUAUAUCAGAACUUUAAAUAUACGUUUGAAAUCGUAAUUUGGCUAACUUACUGAAUUGCAAUAAAACAUUUUGAAAAAAAUCUGUUGCGAUCAAUUAUCGCAAAAUUACGUCAGAUAUGACGUCAAAGCUUAUAUGAUAAUGGCGUAAAUCAUCUUUUGUGCGGUAGAUUUCCCCAUGGCGCGGUUCAUUUAACACUAUCUUUUUGCUUUAUUGCUCUUUUUGUUUAUAGUUCAUUCUUAAUUGUUUUUUUUUUGUUGUUGUUGUUUUCUCUGUGUGUUUAUUGGUGGUAAAAGUAAAUCGCCUUGUUAAAAUGGCUCUUUUGAAUCGCGAUUUUUUAAUGAUUUGCUGAAAUUCUCAAUGUGGUUUUCACCGGUACAACGACAAAAAUAUAUAAAUAUAUAUAUUCCCUUAAGUUACACUUAACAAUAGCUUUUAACGGAAGAAGAUAGUUUCAUUUAGUUCGUAUUUGAUUAAAAAAUGAUGAUGCCAAAAAUAUGUUUCAAGAUAAUUUUUGAAAAGUCCUUGAUCUUUACCAUCUGUAGACUUUAUGUUUGAAUGUUUCUUUUUGAAAUUUUCUUUGUCGUUUUUAUGUUUGUGCUACAAAAUUGUAGAUACAUGUACAUGUAUAAAGACAUUUUGAAUAAGUGCUUUUGAAGCGUCUGUGGCAUAGCGAAUUAACUUUGCAUUUGAAGUAAUUUGAACAGCUACCGGCAAAUAGUAUAAAAUCAUGAUAAUGUUAUAGAAUGGGUUAAGAAAACUAAUCACUUUCAAAUAAAACAUAAAAUUGCUGCAAGGAAGUUUUGAUGAUGUCAUAAAAUGUAUUCAGUAAAGCAUGAUAAAUUAUGUUUCAAAAUAAUUUUGGUUUAGGAAUUUAAAGAAGAGUUUUUGUGAAUUAAAAGUUACACCACCUUAACUUCAUUGCCAAAGUGUAGUACAUACGAAACAAAACGCUUUUUCCUCUAGAGCAUUAUUACUUAGUUACAUGUAUUGAAAACAUUGACUUGCUAUCCUGUAUUAAUUUCUUCAUCUUAUUUUCAAUAAAAACAUUCUUGCAAA